AUGUUCUACUCGGAGACUCUUCUCUCAAAGACCGGGCCGCUGGCCCGGGUCUGGCUCUCUGCCAACCUCGAGCGCAAGCUCUCCAAGACUCACAUCCUGCAGUCCAAUCUGCAGGACAGCGUCGAGGCCAUCAUCACCCCGAACCAGGCCCCGAUGGCGCUUCGACUCAGUGGCCAGCUGCUGCUCGGCGUCGUCCGGAUCUACAGCCGCAAGGCGCGAUACCUGCUAGACGAUUGCAACGAGGCUUUGGUUAAGAUUAAGAUGGCUUUCCGAUCAAGCGGGAACAACGAUAUCCCCGCAAAUCUGCACAUGCCCAACAAGGAGUCACUCAUGCUCCCAGACCGCAUCACCGCUUACGAUAACCUGGAUUUGAUGCCACCUCCUGAUGCAAAUUUCCUUCUAUCUCAGAUCGACGAUGUCACCGCGACGCCCCUGGGCCGGAAGGGCCGGGUCAGCAACCGUGACAUCAACCUGCAAGAGGACUUCAACAAUUCUCAGUUCUUGCAAGAAGGAUUCGGCAAGGACGACGAGAUGGCCCUGGCCAACAUGGACGAUCUAGAUCUGGAACUGGAUUUUGGUAUGGAUCUUGACGAGGGACCCAGUGUGGAAAUGGGUCGAGACGCGCCUGCCGUGGAAGACGACAUCUUCAGCGAACUGGAUAUGCACCCACGCGGCAAGGAUCGCGACACCACCCUCAACGCUGAUUUUGGGGACGACGGUGUUCGCAUCGCAGACGGAGACGACCUUCAGAUGGGCGAUGCCGACUUCCAAUUCGACCUGGGCGAGCAGUCCGUCCUUCCGGGUGCGCUACCGGACCUGUCCCGAGCUCGCAUCUCUGAGUCGCCUUUGUCCGAUAUCGACGACCAGGCUGCUCAGAAUUUGGAGCAGGAAGUGACACGGUACGGUGACCUGUACGAGCCCGAAGACGAGACCGAGCACACCGUCGUUCGACGCGCCACCCAACGCGCCAAGAAGCGCAAGAUUCUGCAGGCCGAUGAGGAGACGAUGCUGUCGAGCACGCACAUCCGCGAGCAGCAGGCCAAGCAUGACAACAUCCUCAAGCCUCAAUCCUUCCUCCCGCGUGACCCCUACGUGCUGGCCCUGGCGGAGAUGCACAAGUCGGGCGGCUUUGUAUCGAGCAUCAUGCUUGACGGCCGCAGCGCCGGCUGGGCUCCGGAACUGAAGGGUCUUAUAUCACUCGAGGCCAUCCAGAAGCCGAAUGACCUCAAGAGGAAACGAGAUAGCGGUAUUGCCGAUAUGGACAGCGACCAGGAUCAGGCCAUCAAGUCGCCUCGCCUUAACAUUGGCGAGGAUGACGGCUUCAUGAUGGACGGCGCAGACUUCGGCAACCAGACAUUCGCCAAUGACGAGUCGGUUCGUGCGGAGGCUGACCGUACCCUUGAGGACGGCACCGUGAUGCCCGCUUUCGACGACACUGUCGCCCCUCAUGUGCACCCUGCCGACAGCGGUCCUGUCUCGCUCGGCACGAAGCACGCCGUUCACAUCCUUCGGGACCUGUUUGGCCCCGAGGCUGCCACAAACGCCGACAAGCGCAAGAAGACCUCUGUUGUUUUCCAGGAGCUUCUGCCCGAGGAGAGGACAACCAAGGCCGAUGCCACCAAGAUGUUUUUCGAAUGCCUCGUGCUCGCCACCAAGGAUGCUAUCAAGGUUGAGCAGCCCGAGGGCUCUCUCGGCGGUCCCAUCCGUGUCCGCGGCAAGAGAGGUCUCUGGGGCGCCUGGGCGGAACGCGAGGCCGGCGGAGAGAUCAGCACGCAGGACGAGCCCGAACCGGCGAUUGCGGCGGGCUCUGCGGCUGUGGCCGUCGAGGCGUGA